CAGACAGUCACUGUUGCGUUGCCUGCUCGGAGGAAUACAAUCUACCGGGGCGGGCUGUCCCGUCUUUAUCUUUCAGCGGCGGUGCUGCAGCGCGUCCCAGAAACAUCGCUUCUUGUCGGAGUGUGAGGAUUUUCCGCUGAGAGGGAUGUCAAAGCGAGUGCGAAGCAGGGAGGUCUGCGCUGAUUGCAGUGCUCCGGAGCCUCGCUGGGCCUCUGUUAACAGGGGUGUGUUGAUCUGCGAUGAGUGCUGCAGCAUCCAUCGAGGUCUGGGGCGACACAGCUCUCAGGUCCGACAUCUGACUCACUCUUCGUGGCCUCCGUCUCAGCUGCAGAUGGUCCAAACGCUGUAUGGCAAUGGAGCCAAUUCCAUAUGGGAGCAUAGCCUCCUGGAUCCAUCUUCUUCAGGGAGCGGAAAGCGCAAAGCCAACCCCCAGGACCGAGUUCACCCCAACAAGACAGAGUUCAUCAAGGCCAAGUAUCAGAUGUUGGCGUAUGUUCAUCGGAUGCCUUGCCGGGAGGACGACAGCGUCACUGCCAAAGACCUCAGCAAGCAACUCCAUUCCAGUGUUCGGACCGGCAAUCUGGAGACCUGCCUGAGACUUUUAUCUUUAGGAGCGCAGGCCAACUUCUUUCAUUCAGAAAAAGGGAACACACCACUUCACAUAGCAGCAAAAGCAGGUCAGAUGCUACAAGCGGAGCUGUUGGCCGUUUAUGGCGCUGAUCCUGGAGCUCUGGACUCCAGUGGGAAGACACCCAUCGAUUAUGCACGGCAAGCUGGGCAUCAGGAGCUGGCAGAGAGGCUUGUGGAGAUUCAGUAUGAACUCACUGACCGGUUAACCUUUUACCUGUGCGGCCGAAGGCCCGAUCACAGAAAUGGUCAACACUUCAUCAUCCCACAGAUGGCAGACAGAAAUAACAGUCUGGAUUUGUCGGAGUUUGCAAAAGCUGCAAAGAAGAAGCUGCAGUCGCUAAGUAACCACCAGUUCGAAGAACUUGCCAUGGACGUUUAUGAUGAAGUGGAUCGAAGAGAAACGGAUGCAGUGUGGUUAGCCACUCAGAACCACAGCACGCUCGUAACAGACACCACGGUUGUGCCGUUUCUUCCCGUGAAUCCUGAAUACUCGUCCACCAGAAACCAGGGUCGUCAAAAAUUGGCCAGAUUUAGUGCUCACGAAUUUGCCACUCUGGUCAUCGAUAUCUUAACGGAUGCUAAACGACGGCAAUGGGGAAACUCAUGUGAAAGUCCUAAAGAGAACGUGGAGCUGAUCCUUCAGGGAAUAGACAGCCGCCAUAACAGCGAGAGCCAGGACAAUGACCAGCCGGAUUACGACAGCGUGGCCUCCGAUGAGGAUCCAGUACAAGAGGCCACAUGCGGGGACAGCUGCAACGACGGGAGGACCAAGAGCUCUGAGUCUUCGGACCUGUCGGAUGGACCAAUCACAGUGCAGGAAUUUAUGGAGGUGAAGAGUGCUCUCAAUGCAUCGGAAGCCAAAAUCCAACAGCUUCUCAAAGUCAACUGUCACCUCAGUGAAGAACUGCGGAUGAUGCAGAGCAAGCUGAACUCCCUGCAGACCGAAAACACGACGCUGCGAUGGCAAGCCCCCAGCGGACAGCAGCACCCCCAGGGGGGGCCGUUGGGUCGACACCAGCCCCGCGGGGGCCGCGCCAUGUCCAUGUACGAGACGGGCUCCACUCCGAGGCAGUACCCCCACCGGGCUGAAACCGCUCGCCAUGACGACGGAGUGGUUUUACAACCCUUCCCCACCAAUAUUGGUAGGGGUCCUUUGGGGACGGCCGCUUCCUCCCUCCCUACCUUCCCCUCUUCCCUGUCCUGGUCGUGGGAUGAGAGAUCUCGAAGGGGCUGCAGUCUGGAGGGACAGAGCACCAUGCAGGAGAACGACUACGACACUACGCCCAACCACUCAGAACUGGAGGAGGCUGUCCCUGUCCCGGCCUCUGAAGCAGGGGAGCCAGAGGAGGAGGUGGAAGAGGAUGCCACCCUGCCGUGCACAGAGGAUGUCAUCUGUAAGACUGAACAGAUCACUAAAAACAUCCAGGAGCUUCUGAGAGCCGCCCAGGAGACCAAACAUGAAAGCUUUCUACCGUGCUCUGAAAAGAUCUGCAUGGCUGUGACAGAGAUGGCCGCCCUGUUUCCAAAGAGGCCGUCCUCCGAGACGGUGCGAGGAUCUCUCUGUCUGCUGACGUCCAGCGCCAGCCGGCUCCACGGAGAGUGCCAGAAGGCGGCGGAGCACAACCCCUGCCCGUCCGACAUCCAGCUGGUCACUCAGCAGGUCAUCCAGUGCGCCUACGACAUUGCCAAAGCUGCCAAGCAACUCGUUACUGUGACAACCAAAGAAAACAACAACUAA